AGCAGUCUCGAAAGAGCUUUGAAGAACCCACACAACUGUACACAAACACCCCUUACACUAAAAAAUCGAAAGUAUACAUACCACCAGCACUGACGAUCAGUGAAAAGAGAGCAUGAAGUUAGCAAUUUGUCUUGGGUUGGCCUAUUCCACGUCAUCAAUUUGUACCAGCUCUAUUUAAAUGAUCACAACCAUUUAACAACAUGCGGGGUAUCAGGAAACUGGUAUGCAGCAAAGCCUUUGCUCUAGGUGUACUCUGCGCCUAUGGCAGUGUGGCUGCGGUCUUCUUGGCGAUUGGAAGGACGACACUUUCUUGUGGAUAUGGUGGGAGCAACAUCCAUAUCCAGGAGGCAGCCAGAACGUCGUUGUUCAUGACCACAAUAGAUGAUGAUGGGGGUGAUAAGAACGAAGGGACUUCUUCUGAGUUGAACAGCGAGUCUAUGUUUAUGGAUGAUGUCGAGGAAACCGAAUGGCUAGAAGAAGGUCUUGAUGAUGUCACAGAUGACAGUACGGGAGCAGUGAGUUCCAUAGGGGAAGGGCGGUCAGUGAUAGAUUAUCAAGAUACAACUGCUGUGAAAGAAGAACGUGGUGAUGCUAAUGCAACCAAUAGAACAGAUGAUAUGGUUAGCGAGGCACUGCUAUUGGCAGCGGUCAUUGAAAAGAAUACCACUUUGGUGAAAGAGUGGCUGGAAUACACCUCAAACAUGACUACAAGAUCAAGGCAAGUGAUGGAUGAUUCCAAUCCGACAACAGUCAAGGUCGCAGAAGCCACUCCUGCGAAAGAACGACUCGCCAAUGGUGUAACUACGACUGAGGCAUAUGUGCGUGUGGUGGACAAUUCGGUGGUAGAACCCACUGUGCCGAUAGAACUGCGAACAGAAAAGGCGGUGACGAUAGAAACGCAUAACGGUUUAAACACUAGAUGCGGGAGGGAAAACCCUGUGACUCAACACCGACUAGACUGUAAAAGACGUAUCCCCAAGGUCAUAGGUAUCGGGAUGGAGAGGUGCGGGACAACCGCUCUUUUGUUCUUGCUUCGGAUACAUCCAGACAUCGUCCAUACCAAACCAAAGGACGUCUAUUACUGGAACCACUUCCCCGACCGUAGUCUAGAUUGGUACCGCGACCGCAUGCCGAUAUCCUCCAAGUACCAGGUCACCAUGGAGUACACCCCUUCUUACAUCCUCAGCCACGAGGUACCGCAUUUGAUCAAUGAGGCGCUUCCUGAUAUGAAGUUCAUCGUCAUGAUUCGGGACCCAAUUGAGCGUGCCAUGUCGUCUUACCUGUACAUGAAACACAGCAGACGUCCAGAAUACCUCACCUACAUAUCACCACAGCCAGGUGAUCCCGCCAACCCUUUCCUCGGCCUUUCCUUCGAGGCGACCGUCCUCAAGCAAAACGGGGAUGUCUUUGAGGACAAUGCAGUAAUUGAGAACGCCCUCUACGAGAGCCAUCUUCGACGAUGGUUUGAUGUCUUUCCAAGAAAGCAGUUUCUCAUCAUUGACGAAGGUGUAUUCAGCAGGGACCCUGUGUCCAUUUUACAACAGGUGGAAGACUUCAUCGGAAUUUCCAAGUUCUUCACCAAGUAUUAUUUUUAUUUCGACCAUGAUCGGGGAGUUUUCUGUCAGAGAGUACCAACGAAACGUUGCUCCAAAAGAUCCAUAAAGAAUAAUCAUCCGCCUAUUCAGGAAAAUGUCCUGAAGAAACUCAAAGACUAUUAUCAGCCUUACAACAGCCGGUUGGAAAAACUAUUAAAUCAGACAUUUCCUUGGACAUAAUAUGUGUAAAUAGAACACUGAAUAAUAGUGAAUGUACCACAUAAUUUUGGUACAUGAUCUGAGACGAACUUCGAGACGCUCUUAAUUAAACGCUAAAACAAAAAUAAAGAGUUGUUCAAUAGUACAUGGAGACUUUAAUACAUUUUGGUGGACAGACUAAAUGCAUCCGGCUUAAGAAUGACGAUGAGACAUUUGCUAGCUGCAUUUUAUUUUCAAAGAUUAAUAAAUGUUUUUGCAAAUUGGAUCACUAAAAUUAUACGCUUAGUGUGUAGUUUCCCUUUAACAUGUGACUUUGCCCAUAACUCGUUUAAACUGUGUAUUGUGAGAAUAACGUUUUUGUUAUACCAUAAACAUAUCAAACGAUCAAGACCUUUGAUGAAGUAGGACAAGGACCAAAACAAAUUGAUUGGAAUUUCACUAGAUUUUAUGUUUUUAUGAUGUUGAACACUCGUAAAAUGAUUCCAAAGAGAUAACCAUUGCCAGUCAGAGGCAUGACCAUGCAGGACGCGUGAUCUGAAUUAAAACAGUAUUUUGUAAAUUCAUGAUGAUGAUCAUUAUUGUUACAUGAACAAAGGGUACAUUUGCGCAUUAAAAAAAGAAUUAUUGGAGGGAGAAA